UUGUAGAUGUUUUGUGUGGAAACAAUGGACUAGUAGUGGUGGUGUAUCGAUUAAUUGUGUGUACAUGAAGCCGUGCCGUGGAUCGAAACUGGGAAUUUGGGCAGUGCAUCUUGGUGAAGUUUAGAAUAAAAUAAAAAGUGCUGGAGCCGCAGAAGCUUCCGGUGAUAUCCGCUUGCAAGGCGUAGCUUCGAUUUGUGGAGUUUUGUGAGUUUUUUGGGCAGCUUGCUCUGUGAAGACGGUUCGCUGUGGCGCUUCGCGUUUGGUAGCUACGGUCGGGCCGGUCGUGUAGGGUGUGUAAGCGUGGGCAGAGCGGCGACGAGCAACUUCUCCAGAACACAAAGAAAAGUCAGUUUGGACUGCGGCGCGGAAUUUUCGCGACAGAAGCUAACUUCUUGCACCGCUCGGUGCUUGUGAAAGGAAGUGGAACGCGGUAGUUUUCGGAUCAGAUAAUCUGCAGACGGUGCAAUAUUCGUGGAGGAGUUGGUUUCCCGUUUAGGAUCGCUCAGUGGAGUGACGACCAAGCCCCGGCAUCGGCCCUGGAGAAAAUCGCAAACUUUCUUGCGUUGCACGCACGUGAGGAGCGAAUAGAAAGAAACCAAGAGGAACGAACGGAGGAAAGUUGUUUGGCUAGAAGAUUGUAUCUAACAUAGAGUGGCAUGGCUUGGCGUUUUAAAGCAUCGAAAUAUAAAAAUGCAGCCCCUAUCGUCCCAAAACCGGAAGCCUGCAUCCGUGAUAUUUGCGUUGGGUCAUAUCAAUCAUAUGGGAACAAUAUUGCUGCGUCGGCUGCCUUUAUGGCGUUCAACUGGGAACAUACAGGCUCCAGUCUUGCGGUUCUUCCAAUUGAUGACUGCGGAAGAAAAAGCAAGACUAUGCCACUCUUACAUGCUCACACGGACACAAUAAUGGAUAUCGAAUUCUCUCCCUUCCAUGAUGGAUUGCUAGCUACUGCUUCACAGGACUGUUUGGUAAAAAUUUGGCAUAUUCCGGAAAAGGGUUUAGAAACAUCGUUAUCAGAUCCUGAAUGCACAUUCUCCUACAAACAAAGGAGAGCAGAAACGGUAGGAUUUCAUCCUACAGCAGAUUUCCUUCUGUAUUCAACAGCAGCUGGCUGCAUUACUCUGUGGGACAUAACCAGUCAAAAGGAUAUAUUUUUUAAUAAUGAACAUCCAGAAACUAUCCAGUCACUUAGUUGGAAAAAUGAUGGAACUGUGCUGGCCACAAGUUGCAAAGAUAAAAUAGUUCGCAUUGUUGACCCACGUAGUGCAACAGCUAUCCAAAUGAGUGCCGACAGUCACCAAAGCAUUAAAGAUUCUCGAGUUGUAUGGCUUGGUGAACAAAAUCGAAUUCUGACGACAGGAUUCGAUUCAGGUCGACUGCGUCAAGUGAUAAUUAGAGAUUUAAGAAAUUUUAGUGUUCCGGAAAAAACUCUCGAAUUAGACUGCUCAACGGGAAUCCUUAUGCCCCUGUUUGAUCCCGAUACGAAUAUGCUAUUUUUAGCUGGGAAGGGUGAUACAACAAUCAGUUACAUGGAAGUGACUGACAAAGACCCAUAUCUGAUUGAGGGAUUGCGACACACUGGAGAACAAACAAAAGGUGCUUGUUUAGUGCCAAAGCGAGCGUUGAAAGUAAUGGAAGGCGAGGUUAAUAGAGUGCUACAAUUAACAUCAAAUACGGUUAUACCAAUCAUGUAUCAAGUGCCAAGAAAGACAUACCGCGACUUCCAUAGCGACCUUUAUCCAGAAACAAGUGGAUAUAAGACUGAACUCACUGCCGAUAAGUGGAUCAAAGGGACUAAUAUAAGCGUGCCAAAAAUUAGUUUAGAUCCUGCUAAGAGGGAGCUGGGAGAUGCACCCAUAAUUAUUCAUCGCGGUAAAUUAAAUGAAUUAAUAAGAAAUCUUGCCAACUCAAAAUCAACUCAAAACGGAAAUGGUACAUAUCCGUCAGAAAACGCAGAUGUAGUUAAAAAAGACAGUUCCGAUGGGCGCACUCCGUAUAAAGUCAACGUGAAGAAGUUUGAAAACAAAUAUAAAACUGAUUCUGAAAAAGAUGAACCACUGUUUAAAUCAGCUUUGUAUCGGAAGCAUCUAGACGCUGAUGGUGACAUAAACACGGAUAGAAAUGAUUCGGACCAGAUUGGUGAUACUCAACAUGAUCAAGGUUUUGGCAACUCUGAUAUUAUCAAUUCUCCGCCCAAACCACUACCACGCACAUCGCGAACCAAUUCGGUACCAGAUUAUACACAAUGUUUGAAUGAAGAUACGUCUGCGACUCCCCGUCCAAGACCCAGAACAACAGCAUCCGCUUAUAAGCCGAGGCUGGGACCUAAACCUUUCACAAGCAACAGUGCUGACGUAACAUUCGAUAAAGUGUUUUCUGUUCCUCAAGCGCCGGGCAGUACGGAUAACGAAAUGGAUGCCGUAUCUGAGAAAAAGCCCGAUAUAGUCGAAAUAGAAAUAAAAAAAGAAGUAGAACAUAAGAAUGGUGACUCCGGCGAUUCAAACAAGGAGAAAGAUUACUCCCAUGACGACGAGUCAAAAUCGUUGACUACUCUUGAAAGAAGGAAGUCAGCAGAUGAAUCAAGUGACAAGCUCUUUGAAUUGAAUCAUUCUGAGUCAUCGGAAAACUCAACGGAGGGCGAAGAUAAGUUGGAUGCAGAGUUAAAAAGGCUAACGAGUGCACGUAGUAGUAUCGCGGAGCGUCGAAGACUAUAUGAAAAUCGUUCAAAGAGCGUACAAGAAGACAAACCUCAGUCGCCUGUACCGUUGAUUCGCCGUGAGUCAAUGAAGGCACAAAUUGAUGGGACAAAGCAAUCGAGCGAUUUCAAGCGUAUAUCUCUAGUUGAUCAAAAGCAAAAUGAACGGGAGCAAACCACAAAAGCGGAUAAUAACAAGAAAACGAGUGAAGCACUAACGGCAAAUAAGAGAACUUCAACUGUGUUUGGUAAAGUCUCCAAAUACAGACACUUGAAAGGUACGCCCGGACAUAAAUCAACGCACAUUGAAAACUUACGAAAUUUGAGCAGACAAAUACCUGGUGAAUGCAACGGUUUUCAUGCGAAUCAAGUACGCGCCGCAGUGCCUUUGUCUGGUCCAGGAGGUAAAAUUGCAAUAUUUGAACUUAAUAGGCCAGGUCGUUUGCCUGAUGGCGUCAUACCGUCUUUGGUGAAUGCAAGCAACAUAAUGGAUUUCCAAUGGGACCCGUUCGAUACAUCACGUCUAGCAGUAGCUUGUGACGAUGGAGUUGUGAAGAUUUGGAAAAUAGAAGAAGGUGGUUUGAAGGAGCCAACUAACGUCCCUGAAAAAGAACUCACUGCUCACCUGGAUAAAAUUUACUUUAUAAGAUUUCAUCCGUUGGCUCAAGAUGUGUUAUUAACAGCAAGUUACGACAUGACUAUAAAGCUAUGGGACUUAGGAACGCUGAAAGAAAAGCUGAGCAUGAAAGGACAUACUGAUCAAAUCUUUGACUUUGCGUGGAGCCCUUGUGGAGUUUUCGGUGCUACAGUGUGCAAAGAUGGGAAGAUUCGUAUCUUCAACCCUCGUAAAUCUGAGAAUCCAAUAAGGGAAGGUAUCGGCCCGGCAGGAACACGUGGGGCCAGAAUCACGUGGGCCAUUGAAGGACAGUAUUUGGUUGUCACAGGAUUUGACAAGGUGUCAGAAAGACAGAUAAGCAUCUACGAUGCGCAUAAACUAAAUAGUCCCUUGAAUACUGUGAGUUUGGAUGUAUCACCAGCCAUACUAAUUCCAUUUUACGAUGAAGAUAGUUCUACACUAUUUGUUACAGGAAAGGGUGAUUCGACAAUCUACGUCUAUGAAAUAACGGAUGAAGAACCAUAUAUUUGUCCACUAUCACAUCACAGAUGCUCAACACUGCAUCAAGGCUUAAGUUUCCUGUACAAAAUUCAUUGUGACGUAGCAAGUGUUGAGUUUGCAAAAGCUUAUCGUUUGAUAAACAAUGCCAUUGAACCACUUAGUUUCACAGUGCCGCGUAUUAAGAGUGAGUUAUUCCAAGAUGAUUUGUUCCCUCCGACCCGCGUACUAUGGACUCCAACCAUGACAGCUGAAGAAUGGUUCACUAUCAAUGAUAAGAAACCUAAAAAGAUAAACCUUCAACCUGAAGGAAUGGAUUGCUUAUCGUCAAUCCAACCUGUGAGUCAAGUGAAAAAACAGGAGCAAACGAGCAAUAUUAAUGUUGCAGUUCGUCCAUCUUUACCUUCGGACUUCGAUAAAAGUAAACAAGAAGACAUUCAAAAGGCAGUGAGCGCAAGAAUGGAAUACAAUACUUCUCUCGAACAAGACUACAUGGAAGGUGUCGAUGCAAAUGAGUGGGAGGAAUAGGUUUAAGUUGAUCGCAAACAAAUAAUAAAAAUAAAAAUAGUCAAAGAAGCGUAAAAGUAAAAUAUUAAUCAAAUCUAUAAAAUUCCAUGAUAACUUACAAAUAAAUGAUAAUCUUCCUAUUUGGUCGUGAUUUAAAAACUUUCGCAUUUACUCAGUUCACUAACGAAAUGUUUCUUUGUCACAUAUCGUGAUGUUUUCCGUGGAAAUGAAGCUUAAUAGAGCAUCCGCACAUUUAAAUUGAGGGGAAAAGUAAUCGAAAGACGGAAGCUCAAUUUUGAUUAAGUAGUUAUUGCCAUAUUUGAAUUUGAAUGUAGAAAAAAUACGUCUAGUCUGUUCAGUACAUGAAUAAUAGAUCCACUCAUAAAUAAGUUUAGCGUAGAUAUUGUAUUGUAGGGUACAUACAUUCAUACUCGAUGGAUAAUGUGUAUCGACCGUUUACACUUCUGAAUUGCUCUAACUUUUGAUUUGGUAUUUGAAAUAACUGUCAUGUACUCAGUAGAAUAUUAGAUACAUAUUUUCUACCCAACAUUCCGCUCACAACUGAAAUAAAUCAAGACUACAUACAAUAACCAACCUCUGCUAAAAAUCAGGCAUUUUUUACAAUUUUUAUAAUAUCAUUACAAAUAUUAAACGUAAAGUGACAUUUUUAAUCAACAAAAUAAAUAUAUACACCUGCAGAUGCAAGUUAUAAAUUUAUAUGAUGUAAGAAAGUACUUUUUCGAUUUAUUUAUUUAUACAAAUAUUGUGUAUUAAGAUAAUUAACAUAAAAGACUCAAACAAUUCGAGAGUAUUGCUAAUAUUCGCAUUUUGUAUCGCUUUUUAUAUUUAUAUAUUGUGGUAAUAAAAAUAAUUAUAAAGUGA